CUCAUUGAAACUGUAGAAGAAGACAGCUUUCCAGGAAGUUGGAACCAACAGUGCUCCUGCCGUUACUGCGAUAUUUGAAUAACAUGAGCUAUCAUGCUAUAAAAGCAUGAAGUUACUGGUCUGUAUGAUAGUAUGUUAAACAGCUGUUGGUAAAGUGGACCUCGCCUUACGAAAUGCCUUUGUUAAUUCAAAAUAGAGGACUAGACCGCAUAAGCGCAACAACGGAGCUGUUCGACAAAUAUCCACAUUUACAGGAAAACGCAAGAACAUUUCACUCCAAGCCGCUUGUUGAUGUCGACCCAAAGUGCCUCUUGUAUGUCCAACAAAGAGAGUUUGCUGCAACAACACCAGCAGACAAUAGUGUUUCAGUAAUUGGAUCUGAUGAUGCCACUACCUGCCAUUUGGUUGUGCUGCGACACACUGGAAGUGGAGCUGUUUGUCUUGCUCACUGCGAUGGUUCCAGCACUUGGUCUGAAAUCCCACUCCUUGUGAAAGCUGUCACAUCACUGAGUAACGUCGGUAAGGAGGGCAGACUUGAGCUCCAUCUUGUCGGGGGAUUUAAUGAUGAGUCUAAGACAUCCCAUAAACUCAGCCAUAGCAUUCUGGCAGCAUUCCAGAAACAGAAAGAGGAUAUUCAUCUGGAAACUUGUUGCAUCACAGAAAUGAAUGAUAUUAUUGUUGAUGGAAAUCAUAGACCGAUAGUGUAUGGAAUAGGUGUAAAUGUUAAAACAGGGGAUGUGUUCCCUUCGUCAUUCACUUAUAAAGGACCUGCGGAGGAGCUGCGAUCAGCACGAACCUUCACCGGGGGACAGAUGGCUGACAUAUAUGAUUCAAGUCAGGGACGGGUAAAAAUUGGCCCCUGCAAGUGGUCUCCAAAUCUGGAUAUUGCCUUCUGGUUGUCACAAAAUGAUGACACAAUUUUAAAGUACCUGUCCACCUCUCCGAUGGCUGAACCACCACACUUUGUCCAGCACAUGAAGUCCACCAUCCAGUUCCUUUUAGAGCACCCUGAUUCUGAUAGCCUGUUUCCUGGGGGGCAACCACAGUUCUACCACAGGACUGAGAGGGGGGACUGGGAGAGGGCUACCCAGUCAUAGAGGCCUGCUCCCAUUUUUCACUCAACCUUAUCAUGGAACCUGACUGUUUUUUGCCUCUCAGUUCAUUGGAUACACUGUGACCCUUUCAUCCUCUGUCUGUUUUUUAUUAAUUGUGUCUUAACGCGAAAGUGACCCCAGACUGGACCAUAUGUCUGCUGAAUGGCUCUCUGGCUGGUCCAGUAGAGAGAACAGAGGAAGAGUAAGUGAUUCUGGUGAUGCCUGCAACAGUUAAUUUUUGCUCUUAAGAGGUGGUAUAAAAUCUGCACCAUGUACCUCCUGCUGUGUUUCAGUAAGUCAAGGCCAAUAUCUCUCUAUGCUUGACUGAUUUACGGAUUUUUGUCUUACUAUGUUUCAAGUUAAAAUGAUUUUGUAUGUUUUAGCCUAAGAACUACAACUGAUUAACUUUUUCCAAAGUGUAAGUUCAGUUAUACUAGUACAGAAUGAACAUAAACAAAUUUGAUUGCCUUCAUAGUACUGUUGUCAGAUGUUGUGGCCAGGAAAUCAAACCUGAACAUUAAGCAGAUGUGGGCACAAAGGAUUUUGAAUUGUAGAAUGAAGUGACUGUUUUGUAUUUAAAAAGUUGUUGUGCAGUGGUUGCACCUGAAUGAAGCAACAGGGACUGUAGUAUGAUAAUGUAACUGCCAGAAAAUAGACACAGUCAGUGAUUGCCUACACUACUGCAACUUUCAAACUCUGAUUGAACUUUACCUAAUCAAAAGUCUGAGACCAAUAGAUGUAGGUGGGAAAUCAGUCUAUAAAUGUAUACUUUGGAAAUAUAUGCAUGAUUUGUAUUUAUUAGGCUAAAACAUGUACUUCAAAACACCCCUUAAAUAUAGAGUGUGACCUACUGGUCAGGUCACAUUAAGGUAUGGAUUCAUUUUGGCACUUUGUUUAAAGAGAAUAUUAAUUGCUAAACUCUGCACUGUUGAAGAGUUGAACGAAGUUUAUUUUUUCUACAAAUGCACCUUCCUGAUGAGAGUGGAAUAUGAUAUUUCAUCACAUGCUCCACAUAAUGCUGUAUACUUGGCUUUGAAUGUGUAUGUGUUAGAAAAUUGCAUGUGUAAAUGCAUACUUCAUGGGAUCAUAUGUAUUCUUUUCUAAUGCAAGAGAAAAAAUGAUUUCACUAGUUUUGUCUUUUUUAAAAAUAGUUAAAAAUGAAAACAACAUCAUACACUGUAUAAGGCCUUUUCAUCAGUUGUGUCACUCAGAGAGUUGCAAUGUGCUUUCGGCAUCCAGAGCAACUUGUUGCAACUUGUGAGCAUACUGUACCUGUUGUUAAAUAAAUGUAAAUGGUCAAACCUA